AUGGCUCCCACAAACCCAGACGAGACCGUUCAGUUCCUCUUAAGCUGCAUCCGCUACUCAAACAGCGGCAAGGUGGACUUCAACGAAGUCGCCAAAGAAUGCAACAUCGUCAGUAAAGGAGCCGCCGCAAAACGCUACGAACGCUUGAUCAAGGCCUACAAUGAAGCAGCGAACACGACCACGACCACAACCACCGCCGGAUCUGAAAGCGACGCAGCAGCAGCUUCUCCAGACUCUACUUCCAAGAAACCCAAACCUGCCAAGGCUGGUUCUCCUAAGAAGGCCAAGGCCAAGCAGGCGGGCGAGAAUGAGAGUUCGAGUUCACCUGCAAAGCGAAAGCCUGCAGGGGAGAGUAGCAAGACUAAGACCAGAACCAAGAAAGCUCGGGUGUCGAAGGAGACUGUCGUUGAGAGUGCAGAGAGAAUAGUUGAGCAGAGGUUGAGCCCUGUGAAGGAGGAAGAGGUGUCCGAUGCUGAAGAGAAGGGUCUGGGCGCUGGCGCUGAUGCGACUGCUGUCGACAGCGAGGGGCUGUUUGACCAGUCUUGCAACUCCGAGGACGACGGUCGUGGCGUGGUCAAGGAGACUGAGGAGGUAGCUUCGGCAAAUGCCUAA